AGUUCAGUUCGUUCAGUCGUUUCUGUUGGUGGGCUGUUUGUGUUCGUAUUGUUUAUAUUAUUAUUUUGCGGUUUUUUGCAGAUUGGCUUUUAUUCCGUCGCGUAACUUAUAAAUUAUAAAUUACGGAUGUGUUGUGUAUAUCUGUGAUAUUUUUGUAAUAGAAAAAUUCAGAAUUGUCUCUCUAAAACUUUGAACGUACAGGUUGUUUUAGUGAUUGUUUUCUUUUUGGUGAAAUUAAAUCAACGUUUUAAUUAAAUCUACACUUUACUGGCUGAAAUCUAUUGUUUUGAUAUGAGCGGGAAGUUUUUGGAGACCGUGAUUGGACAGUUUGGUGUACGAUGACGUGAUCGAGCUCUCGAUUGGCGGAGGGCAAAGUCUCGCGCUCCGUUGGUGGAAAAUGUCAGGCCUGCAGACAAGGAGCGAGGAUACUAUCAAUGGAGUCGACGUACGAGAACAGGGUAGCGCAUUAAGGUGAGUCAUAUAAACCUAGUUAUUGUAAGUGAUGGCUUUUCAAAUUACACGCGGAUUACCUUAUUUUUACUUAAGAUAAGAAGUCAGUGUUUGACUACAAUCCCACCAGGUAUAGCGUACCAAAAUAAGCGUAAAAGAGCCGUUUCACUCUUUCCGCUUGAAACACCCAGAUUGUAGUCGGACGGAAAGACAGACGCCGGCAAAUUAUUCCACUCCUUUGCUGUACGCAUUGGGAAAGACGAAGCAAACCGUGGCGUGGUAGAGCCAUGCUGCAACUAUAUUAGUAGUAUAGUUGUAGCACCAUUGUGUCGGCUCGAUCGGGGAAGGACCACGAUCUCACAGAAUACCAGCGUUAAAUAGCAGCCUAACGCUGCUGUGUUUCGUAUGGUGAGUGUAGAGAACCGGAGACCCUUUUUACUGGAAAAUAGGCAUUCCAUCUUAGUCCUCACGGAUGACAACGCAUCUGCAUUUUGAUUCGCAAACAAGGAUAGAUGUAGAUGUCUAUGGGUCACAGCAACCAAUUACCAUCAGGUGGACUGUGUGCUCGUUUUUCACCCUUAUGGAAAUAUUACUUUUCGAUGGCUCACGACCGUGCUUUGUGACGUUCCUUGGGGAAGGUCCAUGGACAGCAGUGGAUAAUUCACUCGUUACAUUGCAAAUUCUUAUAUAGCGAUGGUCGCAAAAAUCUGAGUCUUUUUCUUAAUGCCUAUCCCGAUUCUAAUAUCAGGGGCAAUAAAUGCCAAUAAUAAUUGAAAAUAACUUGGGUCCUAGAAUUCCCUACAGUACUUUUUUCCCAAAUCAUUGGCACAUUUUCACUUUUGUAAGAUCUAUUUAUGACAAGAAAAGAAACUUAGAAUAAAAGUGGGUAGUUAAUUUAUUUAUAAGACUCAAUUAACUUUCUCCAUUGCUGAAGUAACAACCAGCAAAUAACGAGCGAUAAAUAUACGUGGUAUCGUAAAGCGCCUAAUGCUUUAUGACUGUAACUUCUCAGACUGUUAUUUAUUAUGUGCUCUAACUAAAGACAACUAGGAUCUUAACGCAUCUUUACGACAAAUGCGCCAAUCGAAAUAACAACUGGUAAAAUUAAAAACUUCAAUAUAAAUUAUUAGGGAUAACUCAAAAACUACUGGUCAGACCUUGAUCAAAUUUAUAUGGGACCACAUGAGAAGCACAGUACUUACGCGAACAACUGGGAUUCGAACCCCGCUGACAUCAAUGAUAUGGUCAAUAUUAACUUUAAGUAAGCAUUUACCACGUGAUCGUGAGGAAAGCUCCAUCUCUAGAAAAUUUAAAAAAGGAAUAUUUUGUGUGACGUGAAGUCCGCCAACACGCAUUGAAACAGCGCUCCGGGCAUUUUCUUCCCCUAAAACAGUCUCAGAAGUUUGAGAAGGCCUGUACCCCCUGUGCAUACUUAUAUAGUCUGUUACUUUACUUUUCUUCUAAUAGAUGGCAAGUAAAAUAACUAACAAAUCGAAAAAUGCAUUAUCUUAACAUAGAUCCAAACGACAAUCUUUGAUAUCUAAAAGUCGUUUUUUGUGGGUUGUAUCCUUUUAGCGUAACAGCGUCGAAAUAAGUUAUACACGUACUUUAACUUAAACUUAUAUUUAACUUAAAAUUACAGUAAUCAACAAUUUGAUUAUGACAGCACAGAAGUGCUUAUGCCGUAGAUUUACAACACGCAAUGUAGACGCCUAUACCUAUGCCACACAAACUCACCUACACACAAAUACACACACACUCACACAUACACACGCACGCACGCACGUACGCACGCACUCACGCACGCACGUACGUAAACAUGCACGCACGCGCGCGCGCGCACACACACACGCACACACACACACACACUUAAAAUGAUUACAUAGAAAUUGACCUUUUGACCAGACUUAGUUUAAGGAGGGGAACUGGUUCCUGACACACAGUUAUACUAGCUCAGGGGCCAAGGAAUCAAUGAAUUUAUACGCGCUAGACCUAGAGCCACGGCUGCAGCUGUAUUAUGGUUGUAGCACAAAUGGGUCUAGUCGACUUAGGAAGGACCACGCUCUCACAGAAUACCGGCGUAAAAUAGCGGUUUAAUGCUGCUGUGUUUCGUAUGGUUAGUGUAGAGAACCGGAGACCUUUUUUUUUACUGGAAACGAGACAUUUUCACAUCUUAGUCCUCAGCGGUGACAACCAUGAAGCAAAUACAAAGUAUUAGCUUCAUGGUGACAACUCAUCUGAAUUUUGACUCUCAAUCGAGGAUAAAUGUAGAUGUUACACCGCAACAUCCACUUACCAUUAGUUGGACUGUGUUCUCGUUUGUCACCCUUAUUCUAAAAAAUAUAAUAAAAAAUAAAUGUUUACGUAAAUAAUUUUUCAUUGAUUCCCUGGCCCCUAAAAAUUGUGUUAUAAAGUAAAUAAAUAAAAUAUACCAAAGGUUUCUCGUACGAGUACGUGUAGUAGAGACCGAAGGCAAUUUUUGUGUCGAAACCGUGUGCUUCUGGGUUUGCCAAUCCGCCAUCCAUGCGUGUUCAUUACGGCAAAAUAUUUUUACUAUUUUGACAGAGGCCCAUUGUUUAUGCGCUAUCACUUAAGAACUAAAUUAAAAAAAAAACAUCUCGUGAAACAAUAAUAAUCUAUGGCUGGCUAUUUUUUUUAUUUUAUUUGCUCACCUAAACGUAUAUCUUUUAUUUAAAUUUAUAUUGUAUUAUUAUGUAUCUGGUAUGUAUAUAUAUUCUAUUAUAGCCUAUAAAAGUCCACUGCUGAAUAUAUACCUCCCCUAUAUAUUGCCUCAUAGAUGCCCCCUAGAUUUUGCUAUAGUUGCCAAGCGUGGCAACUAGGGUAGGCAAGUUGGCGACCGCAAUUUUAUUUUUUAUUUUUUAAUUUCCCCUCUAUCGUUGUAAGCAACACCCAAGGGACGAUAUAGGGUAGUUAGUAUUCUUCUACCGCCAUUACAUCGCUCACCUUCGAUUUGCCGACGAUAUAGUCCUUAUGGCAGAACCUCUGGAGAACCUAAGCACUAUGCUCAAUGACCUCAAUAGUGUUUCCCAACGGAUAGGUCUUAAGAUGAACAUGGACAAAACAAAGAUCAUGUUUAAUGUCCAUGUCACACCUAUGCCGGUAGUUGUUGAGAGCACUAAGCUCGAAGUUGUUGACGAGUAUGUUUACCUGGGACAAAUAGUCCGACUAGGUAAGUCCAACUUCGACCGUGAGGUCAAUCGACGGAUUCAACUCGGCUGGGCAGCGUUCGGGAAAUUACGGCACAUCUUCUCGUCAGGUAUACCUCAAAACUUGAAAACAAGAUUGUACAACCAGUGCGUGUUGCCAGUGAUGACCUAUGGUACUGAGACGUGGUCCUUCACUGCUGGCCGGAUGAGGAAGCUCAAGGUCGCUAAGCGAGCUAUGCAGAGGGCUAUGCUCGGAGUUUCUUUGCGUGAUAAACUUAGAAAUGAGGAUAUCAGCAAUAGAACCAGAGUGACUGACAUAGCCCAACGGAUUAGUAAGCUGAAGUGGCAAUAGGCUGGCCAUAUAGCUCGAAGAACCGACAGCCGAUGGGGAAAAAAGGUUCUCGAGUGGCGGCCUCGUACCGGCGGAAGAAGUGUAGGGCGUCCCCCCACUAGAUGGAGUGACGACCUGAUAAGAUAUGCAGGAAGUCGAUGAAUGCAGGUGGCUCAGGACCGUGCUUUGUGGCAUUCCUUGGGAGAGGCCUAUGUUCAGCAAUGGACUUGUGAAGGGCUGUAAUGAUGAUGAUACCGCCAUUACACGUAAAUACACGAGUUUUAUAUAAGAUAUGUAAUAUGUAAUGUCUUUAUAUUAGGUUAUUUUUAUUGUAAGACAAAAUAAUACACAAACAAUAAAAAACAUGCGUGAGUGUCGUCGAACACUCGGUUGGAACGAAGUUACUUUCGUUGUAUAUUAUUAUUGAUUAACAAAUACAAAUAAAUGUAUUACUAGCGACUAUAUAAUAUUUCUUUCAUGGCAAGAUAAGAAAAAGUGCGAGGGAGACGGAUAUUAUUCCAUCUCGUUUCCUUAUAGCCGCCAAGGCCGUCUACACUAGGUCAGAAGGGGUCUUGACGAAAAAAUUUUACACUUUCUCGCCUAGCCCACAUCCGCCAAAUUCGUAUCGUCCGAUAAGGAACUUCGUUCCAAAAAAUACAACUCACUCUAGACCCUUUUCUUUUUUUUUGAUAUAGUGGUCCAUCCAUUGGUUAUCUGGAAGAGAUUGCUGUAUGCAAUAAGACCGCCCAUCGCAUAUAUCGUUUUCUUAUAUAAUCUAUCUAUAUUUUUGUAUGGUUUACAAUAAAGAGUAACUAAAUUCAAAAGCCAUUAAAAUUGAAAGGCAAACGGCGGUAUAAUAUUAUUUUGUUUUACCGUUUACUACUGUGACUGUUUCAAUUUGUUUUUUUUUUUCAAUAAAACUUAACGGUUCAAAUUAAAAAGAAAUGUUUCCGUCUUAAAAGCAAAACCUUUCUCUUUAAGUGAUUUCUCGUUGUUAUUUUUAAUUUGUCGUUUGAUCAAAGGCUUGCGACUUCGCGGUCUGUCGAUUCGCCCGAGUUGACUUCCAACUAAUAGACCAUGGUGUUCUCCCAGCUGAUUUAUAAUACGGCGACAAUUUUUGAAUACAAUCCGUAUUAUAUGAAUGUAUUUCACAUGGUGAGUGUAGAGCCGGAGACCCUUUUUACUGGAAACGAGACAUUCCAUCUUAGUCCUCACGGGUGACAACGCAUCUACAUUUUGAUUCUUAAUCGAGGACAGUUGUAGAUGUCUAUGAGCCACAGCAACCACUUACCAUCAGGUGGACUGUGUGCUUGUUUGUCACCCUUAUUCUAUAAAAAAAAGUGUCAUUGGCAGAAGAUAUGAGCAUAUUUAUAAUUUAUAUGGAAAAGGAGUGUAC